AUGACACCCGUUCAAAUUGCGGUAGUAACAGUCGCCCCUCUCAUCAUCCUCCUAACAGCACUCGCUGGCUACGCCUAUACCCAAAUCCGCCUCCUCUCCCUCCCCAUCCCUCUCACUCUCCCCGUCCUCAUCACCCUCCUUCCUCUCCUCACCACCCUCACGACAACCUACUUCGCCCGCCUCCUCCGCCCCUCCAACCUUCCCACCUUCACCACUCUCCUCACUCUAAUCACCACCUUCGAAACUGCCCUUGCGACUUGGGCACUCACAUACCUACCUGCCAGCUGCGGCCCUGAAGAGCGCUGGGCGGCUCUAUACCGCGCUAAGGAUGCGGAUGCGAUAAGGAGAAUCCAGGAUCGAUGGGCGUGCUGUGGUUUUAAUAGUGUGGUGGAUCGGGCGUGGCCGUUUCCGCAUGGGAAGGACGGAGAUGAGUUCGGCGCGGACCAGUGCAAGAGGGUGUUAGGGAGGGAGGUUGCGUGUGGACGGGUUUGGGGGGAGGAGGAGAGGAGGAUGGCGGGGAUGUUGGCUGGGGUUGCCGUGGCGGUUUUUGUGGUUAAGAUGGUUGUGCUCAUUACGCAUGAGGAGCACCGCAUGGACUCGACCUGCAUGGAUGCGUUUCUUAGGUGGUACGGAGCCUGGCGACCUCGAGGAUUCACGCGGGGGUCGGGAGAGCGGGAGGUUGUUGAUUGGAGAGGGUGGGCGAGUGGAAGAGGAGUAUCAUGA